AGUCCAAUGCGGGCUCUAGGACCGCGCGGACGACUGGCGGGCUCCCUGCGGGGUCUCACCCGGAGCUGCAGCCUGAGUCACGGCCCCGCCCUCUGGAGCCGGACGCUGCGGGAGGCCCGGGAGCUACACCGAGAGCCCGACAGCAGGACAGCAGGACGCGCAAGUGAGGCGGAUCGCAGCCAUGUUCCUGGUUAACUCGUUCUUGAAGGGCGGCGGCGGCGGAGGAGGCGGCGGGGGCCUGGGUGGGGGACUGGGGGACGUCAUCGGAGGCUUCCUCGGCGGGGGCGGCGGGGGCGGCGGAGGCGGCGGCGGAGGUGGUGGUGGCGGCGGUGGCACAGCCAUGCGCAUCCUGGGCGGAGUCAUUAGCGCCAUCAGCGAGGCAGCUGCGCAGUACAACCCAGAGCCCCCGCCCCCGAGAACCCAUUUUUCCAACAUCGAGGCCAACGAGAGUGAGGAGGUCCGGCAGUUCCGGCGACUCUUUACCCAGCUGGCUGGAGAUGACAUGGAGGUCAGUGCCACAGAACUCAUGAACAUUCUCAACAAAGUUGUGACCCGACACCCUGAUCUAAAAACCGAUGGUUUUGCCCUGGACACGUGUCGAAGCAUGGUGGCUGUGAUGGAUAGCGACACCACAGGCAAGCUGGGCUUUGAGGAGUUCAAGUACUUGUGGAACAAUAUCAAAAAGUGGCAGGCCAUAUACAAACGGUUUGACAUUGACCGAUCUGGGACCAUCUGCAGCAGUGAACUCCCAGGGGCCUUUGAGGCAGCAGGGUUCCACCUGAAUGAACAUCUCUAUAACAUGAUCAUCCGGCGCUACUCUGACGAGGGAGGGAACAUGGACUUCGACAACUUCAUCAGCUGCUUGGUCAGGCUGGAUGCCAUGUUCCGUGCCUUCAAAUCUCUUGAUAAAGAUGGCACAGGACAAAUCCAGGUGAACAUCCAAGAGUGGCUGCAGCUGACUAUGUAUUCUUGAUCGAGACUCCAAGCUGCGCCUUGCUGUAGGAGCCAACAUGGACCCAUCCUCCCAGGGCCCAUCUGUCUGCAGUCACAUAUGCAUAGGUCCUAUUCCCACAGGCCUUUUUUCCCCCAGCCCUUGGCACCCAGCUUCUCAGUCAGCAGCCGGGUCCCCACAUGCCCCAACAUGCCAUGCCCUGAGUUACCCUGGCUCUAUGACAUCCUCAUAUGCUCUGCCCAAGGGUCACCACACCCAUCUCACACCCUCUCCAUUACCUUUCUCUGUACCUGUACCAAGCCCACUACUUGUGUUGCUUCCGUGCCCCAAGGGCCAUCUCAGUUCUGGAGGAUCACUCAAGUCCCUGGCAUACUCAUUCACAGUUACCACCCAGGCAGCCAAAUAAACUCCAGUCAUUAGGCCCACAUAUCUCUGUGCCUUUGCCUGUACUCUGCUCCCAGCGGGCCAGGCCCAGGAGGAAAUAAAUGUGCCCCAGUUGCUGCUCCCUA